AGAGCACCUCAGCAGUCUCGCCAGAGAAGUGAGCCUGGACUAUGAGCGAAGCAUGAACAAGAUCAACUUUGACCAAAUUGUCUCCUCCAAGCCCGAUACAUUCUCCUAUGUGACCCUGCCCAAGAAGGAGGAGGAGAAGGUGCCUGAGCAAGGGCUAGUGAGUGUCCCUCAGUACCCCUUCCGGGAGCAGAAGGAGGACUUCACCUUUGUGUCCCUGCUCACACGGCCAGAGGUCAUCACAGCCCUCAGCAAGGUGAGGGCUGAGUGCAACAAGGUGACCUCCAUGUCCCUGUUCCACUCGAGUCUCUCCAAGUACAGCCGCCUGGAGGAAUUUGAGCAGAUCCAGUUGCAGAUCUUGUCCCAGGUGCAGAUGUUCCUCAAGGACAGCUGGAUCAGCACGCUGAAGGUCGCCAUGCGCAGCAGCCUCCGUGACAUGAGCAAGGGCUGGUACAACCUGUACGAGACCAACUGGGAGGUGUACCUCAUGUCGAAGCUGCGCAAGCUGAUGGAGUUGAUCAAGUACAUGCUGCAGGACACGCUGCGCUUCCUGGUGCAGGACUCGCUGGCCAGCUUCUCCCAGUUCAUCAGCGAUGCCUGCUGCAGUGUGCUUGACUGCACUGAUGACAUGGUCUGGGGUGAAGACUUAAUAAACAGCCCUUACAGGCCUCGGAAGAAUGCCCUGUUCAUUGUGGACCUGGUGCUGGACAGCUCUGGGGCACACUACAGCACACCACUGGAGCAGUUUGAGGCAUCUCUGCUCAACCUCUUCGACAAGGGCAUCCUGGCCACCCAUGCUGUGCCCCAGCUGGAGAAGCUGGUGAUGGAGGACAUCUUUAUCAGCGGUGACCCCCUGCUGGAGUCAGUGGGGUUUCAUGAGCCACUGGUGGAGGAGCUACGGGCCAUCAUUGCCAACGCUGUGCGCAAGGCCAUGAUCCCACUGCAGGCCUACGCCAAGGAGUUCAGAAAGUAUCUGGAGCUGAACAACAAUGACAUCAACACCUUCCUCAAGGCCUACCAGACAAAGUGCCCGUUGGCCCAGGAGGUGCGGGAGGUGGUGCUCACCCACCUACAGGAAAAAGAGAUCCUGGACAACUCACUGCCCAGCAGCAUUGUCAUUGGGCCCUUCUAUGUCAACACCGACAACAUCAAGCAGAGCCUGUCCAAAAAACGCAAGGCCCUGGCCACUUCCAUGCUGGACAUCCUUGCCAAGAACCUGCACAAGGAGGUGGACAGCAUCUGUGAUGAGUUCCGCAGCAUCAGCCGUAAGAUCUACGAGAAGCCCAACAGCAUUGAGGAACUGGCUGAGCUGAGAGAGUGGAUGAAGGGCAUCCCUGAGAAGCUGGUGGGGCUGGAGGAGCGGAUUGUAAAAGUCAUGGAUGACUACCAAAUCAUGGAUGAAUUCCUCUACAACCUCAGCUCAGAUGACUUCAAUGACAAAUGGGCUGCCAGCAACUGGCCUUCUAAGCUCCUCGGGCAGAUAGAGAUGGUGCGGCAGCAGCAUGCCGAGGAUGAAGAGAAGUUCCGUAAAAUCCAGAUCAUGGAUCAGAACAACUUCCAGGAGAAGCUGGAAGGGCUGCAG